ACAGACCUUCCUAAAACUUCAAGCUCUGAGGAGGUUUAUGCAGUGCAAAUUAAUGCAUUAAUGAGAGUCAGGCGAUUAAGUCCAGGUGUUCAGCUUUACUUCAUCAACUGACUGGAGACAGACUGACACUAAUGCAGCGACACUUGCAGGGCGGUCAGGACAGGUGCGCGAGCGGACAGGGAGUGGCCAUGCACGCAGGUGAACUGGAAGGAGGAAGACAGCCUGAGAGGCACGGUCUUUGUUGUGGCAGUCUGAAGGAUGAUAAGAUCCUGAUGAAGAUGGGUUUGGGGCUGGUGCUGGUGGGUCAUGUGAACUUCUUGUUGGGGGCACUGGUACACGGAGCUGUGCUCAGACACAUAAAAGUGUUCACCUGGAACAAGAAGCUUGUCUACCCCAUCUCCAAUGUCAUCGCUCUUGUGGCAGGACUUAUGGCAAUUAUUGGUGGAAUCUCAGCUAUUGUUCUCUCAAAGAACAAGAAAAACCAGCUGCUGAGUUGGUUUCUACUAAUUGUGAGUGUCUUGGCUGUUCUCUUGGGUGCUGCCUCUGCAGUGGGAAUCACUGUUGCCACAGUGAGGGCCAUAAUGUGGGAAGGACACACUCUGUUUGCCCACUGCAACCUGCCUGCCAACAUGACCUACUACAGCAUCACAAAUGAAUGCCCCUUUGACCCCACACGCAUCUAUGGUACUACAUUAAUCCUAUGGUUUCCAUUGAUUCUGAUGUCAGUGGUGGAGGUUGUGUUCUCCUGCCGCUGUUUCUUGGCUUGCACUUCUUUCCUCCGGCUGCGCUGCCCAUGGAGGAGAAAUGUCAGGGUGCGUAUCCAGCUGCCAGAAGAAACCGCACUUCCACCAGGAGACAAUCCAAACGAGGAGGAGCCAACAGAACAGAAUGACCUACUUGACAAAGACACAGUUGCUGUGGAGACUAGUGAUUGGCUAUAAUUCAUUAGUAUACAUCAUACGGAAUUGCUGUAUGACAGUGGCGCAAGAAAUACCAAGUGCCAAUGCAAAUAAAAGCAUGCUGCCCACUAAAGUGGCUAGCAGCUGAAGAGAGAUGGUGCUCUGACAUCUUUGCCUUAGGUCAACACUAAUUUUGUGUGUUUUAAAGGGUCAGACUGUGACCAAAGCAAAUGAUAUUGGUUUCACCAUGUAAAGUGCACAAUGUUUUUUUUCAUAUCAACAUCAUUAAUAUGUGAUGUGCUUGUUUUAUGUUUGUUACACAUUUUCUACAUUGAUGGGAUUCCUUGUUACAGUACAUUUAUAUCAAAUGUUUUUCUAUUUAAAACUGAGCUUCUGAAAUUGCUCUUAAUAGGAUUGACGGGUCAAAUAUAUGUAUGUCUGUAAAUAUCUUGUCUAUUGUCCUCUUUUCCACUCAGUUUAUUCCUCACAUGUACUUCGACACCGUCUAGAAAAUUUGUGCAGAAUAUUUGGAUAAGGUAUUUAUUUCAUUUUCUCAAAAUCUGAGAAAGUCCUUGGCUAAAAGCAACUAACAUUUUUUUGUAAACUUAAAAAUGUCAGGUCAAAAUUCUUG